CUCUCCAGCCAUGUUGGAGAUUUUCCUGCUCAACACUGGCUUCACAGGCUUCUCCACAUUACACCCAUGCAGCAUGCAUGUUGCUCUUACUUUUCUCUAACGCGUUAAAGAAAAAAUGUGAUUAAACCUCGGUUGUACGUCUAGAGCAGCUCAUCUUACUUAUAUGAGACAGGUGGAUUCGUCUUCGUCGUUUUCGGAAUUCCUGACUCAGCGCUGCCGCACGUCAACAACACUUUGGGAACUGAGUUAGCAGUUGCGGCUAACUUCAGCCACACAGUCACAUUAACGCAAGGUCGUCUCAUGUUAACGGCCAGUCGGUCCUGGUCAGUCAAUAAGGACAGAGCAGGCUGAGCCACUGAUGUGUAUAGCAGCCUGACACCUGAAACCUGACACUUCCACAGUUGGAUAUUUUCUUCCCUCACUGCAGCCUAGGAUGCACUAUGCGGCGACUGCCUCUCUGUCCUUUGGCUCUCUGGGCCUGCUGCGGCUCUUCGGGGCUUCGUGGCCCUGGAGCCUGGCGGCCGGACUGGGGGUCUACUUGGGAACCGGAGGCUGGAGGUACUUUUAUGUUGCAGUUCGCACUGCCAAGAGGGAUGUCAAUGGUCUGUAUGUGCUUUUGAGGGUGAAGCUGUGGAUUUGGCGCUACAUGCGUAAUGGCAGCACAGUACCCUCCAUCUUUGCCCAGACUGUGAAACAGCACCCAAAUAAGCCUGCACUUGUGUAUGAGGCAACAGGGGAAACAUGGACCUUCUCCCAGUUGGACCAGCUGUGCAAUGCCAUAGCACACUGGGCUCUGAGCCAGGGCUGGACCUCUGGGGACGUCGUUGCUCUGUUCAUGGAGAGUAGGCCACUGCAGGUGGCUCUCUGGCUGGGCUUUGCCAAAGUCGGUGUGGAGGCUGCGCUGAUUAACUUCAACCUUAGGCGUGACUCGCUCCUCCACUGUUUGGCAGUCUCAGGCGCUCGGGGGCUCGUUUUUGGAGCUGAGCUGGCUGAUGCUGUGUCUGAGGUGAGCUCUUCUUUUGGUCCAUCUAUGAUAUUGUUCUGCACUGGUGACCUGAGACCUGAUCAGGUAGAUGCCCUCAACGCUAAGCCCCUGGAUUCCAUAUUGGCUUCCUCCCCACGUCAUCCUCCUCCUUAUACCCAAUCAAAGGGCUUCAAUGACCGUUUGUUUUAUAUCUACACAUCUGGCACAACUGGACUUCCCAAAGCUGCUAUUGUGGUGCACAGCCGGUAUUACAGAAUUGCAGCUUUUGGAUACUAUUCUUUUCGCAUGAGGUCAGAUGAUGUCAUCUAUGACUGCUUGCCACUCUACCAUUCAGCAGGUAACAUAAUGGGUGUUGGUCAGUGUGUAAUCCAUGGGCUGACAGUGGUGGUGAAAAAGAAGUUUUCAGCUAGCCGCUUCUGGGAGGACUGCAUCAAACACAACUGCACUGUAGUGCAGUACAUAGGAGAGAUCUGCCGCUACCUGCUUUCCCAGCCGGUGCGUCCAUCAGAGCGGGGACACCGCGUGCGACUGGCCGUGGGGAACGGACUUCGUCCCAGUGUAUGGGAGGCUUUCAUGGAGCGCUUCAGGAUCAAACAGAUUGGCGAGUUCUAUGGAGCCACAGAGUGUAACUGCAGCAUCGCCAAUAUGGAUGGCAAGGUGGGAGCCUGUGGCUUUAACAGCCGGAUUCUGCCGAAUGUCUACCCCAUCCGGCUGGUGAAAGUAGAUGAGGACACUAUGGAGCUGGUGCGAAACAAAGAAGGACUUUGUGUUCCAUGUCGACCAGGGGAGCCAGGGCUCCUGGUCGGCAAAAUCAACCAACAAGACCCUCUGCGUCGCUUUGAUGGGUAUGCUAAUCAGGAGGCCACCAGGAAGAAGAUUGCUUAUAAUGUUUUUAAGAAAAACGACUCUGCCUACCUGUCAGGGGAUGUUCUGGUGAUGGAUGAGCUCGGUUACAUGUACUUCCGUGACCGCAGUGGUGACACUUUCCGCUGGAAAGGGGAGAAUGUCUCCACGACUGAAGUGGAAGGCACACUGAGCAACCUGCUGGGCCAGACUGAUGUGGCUGUGUAUGGUGUUGCAGUGACAGGUGUUGAGGGAAAAGCUGGGAUGGCUGCCAUUGCAGACACAGCAGGGAGCUUCAACUGUGAAUCUUUUCUGAGAGAAAUUCAGAAGGCCCUGCCUCCGUAUGCCCGGCCAGUCUUUCUCCGCAUCUCCCCACACGUAGACACAACAGGCACUUUUAAAAUUCAGAAGACCAGGCUACAGAGGGAAGGAUACGACCCCCGUGUCACAACUGACCAGAUCUACAUUCUUAACUCCAGAGCAGGGCGUUAUGAGAUUGUUAAUGAGGAAGUGUAUAAUGCCUUAGCGGAGGGUAGAAUACCGCUUUGAGAAUAUGAGGAGAAGGUAAGGUAAGGUGUGGUACUUCAGGGAUCAGUUUCAGAAAAAGACUAUGCUGUGAUUUGUACUGUUAUGUAGGCAGCCAAUGUUUAGCACUGUUGAAAUGAAUAGCACUACAUUUGAAAGUAUUGAAUACGCUAUAUUACUGAGUGCAUGCUGUGCCUUGUGCACGAAACGCACAAUAGAUUUAAAGAGCACUCUGAAUGGAAAUUCUGUUACCAGCAAAAGCUCUGUUUGUUAUGCAAGAUUUCUUUCAGAAAGGCCCAAUACUUAUGCUAACAGAUUCACAAAGACAAGCCGUGCCUGCUAGAAAGUAUCCGUGACUCUGCAGAACAUAAGAAGUAUUUCUUUAUUGUUUGGAUGUUUGUGUGAAAUACUCUCAAAAAUACCAGUAUUCUCUAUUUCCCUACCCUGUUGUCUUGUAAAUAACAGGACAUCAUACAUAUUAUUUUUUUUAAGCAAUACCUGAAAACUUUAUAUUUCAUCCUAGUGAAAAUUAGCCUUGUGUGUGUUGCCAAACACUAAUGUUAAUGUCCUCAACAUUAAUUCUCAACACUGACUGCUUUGGAACUUUAUUUUCAAAUGGUUUCAGGUGUAUAUUUCUCUACACAUCUAAUACAAAGUGCCUUAAGUCUUAUCACCCCAGUUUAUAGUCCAGUUUGAUAUGACUGGUACAUCCAGUUCAAGGCCUGCAAAAUUUACAGUGGACAAGUAAUCAUGUAGAUAUUUCUAUACCGAUCUAAUGCCAAGUGCCUACCAAGUCUGAUCUUUCCAGUUUAAGGAGUUCACUUUCAUAUGAUUGGUACAUCCAGUUCAAGGCUUGCAAGAAGAUUGUAACAGAAUGGACAAUUUACUGUGGACACAAAUUUUAAUCCAAUGUAAAGUAAUCAUGAAGAUCAGUGUGAACACUGACACUGGGUUUAUCCUCUUUUAACGUGUGAAUGAGAUCAAGCUGAAAUAAAUGUUUUUAAAAAAAAAAAAUCAUUCUUGAUUUUAUAACAAAAGUCUUCCAGACAAAAGGUGUUUAACUGUAUUUAAAGAUGUCACUUUACUGUCAGGUUCUGAUUUGCACCAAACCAAUAUACAUUACUACUGUUUUAGUAUAAUUUAGAAUUAUUUUAUAACAAUUUUCCACUAACCCCCAUUGUAGGUGAUCAUCAAAGGCAUGUUUGAUGUCCAGAUUUUGGUUCUUUCAUUUAGCGCUGGAGCUGUGAGCCUGACAUUGCUAAACACUUGAAGUCAACAGUGACCCAAAUAUUUUCUGUGAAUUCAAAAUUUCUCUCAAAGUGCAUCCAGGUCUUCAUUAAGGUCACCCAGAAUUGCUGAUGCGGUUUAGGACACUAUAUGAUUUACUGUGAGCUAUAAAAAGGAAUUAAAAUCUGUGUAGCCAAAUGCUACAGAGAUUGCGAUUUCUGUUGUUCAUUUUUAUAAAUAACUGUUACUACUGAAUUCUAACUAAAGAUAUAUAUUUAUAAAUAGAAACAA